CCAAUCGCCCGCCUGGCUGCGCUCGCUUUGCAGCAGUCCACGGAGCCGGAGUCGGCGGGCCGCGGCGGCGGCGCCUUCCCGAAUCCAAAAUGAAUGUUGGGGUGGCCCACAGUGAGGUAAAUCCCAACACUCGCGUGAUGAACAGCCGCGGGAUGUGGCUCACCUAUACUCUGGGAGUGGGCUUGCUUCAUAUUGUUCUGCUCAGCAUCCCUUUCUUCAGCGUCCCAGUUGCCUGGACCUUAACGAAUGUCAUUCACAACUUGGGAAUGUAUGUCUUCUUGCAUGCAGUAAAAGGAACCCCCUUUGAAACACCAGACCAAGGUAAAGCUCGACUGCUGACUCAUUGGGAGCAACUAGACUACGGCGUGCAGUUUACGUCAUCAUGAAAAUUCUUCACGAUCUCUCCGAUAAUUUUAUAUUUCCUGGCAAGCUUCUACACAAAAUACGACCCUACGCACUUCAUCGUUAACACAGCUUCGCUCUUGAGCGUCCUUAUCCCCAAGCUGCCCCAACUGCACGGUGUCAGAAUCUUUGGAAUCAACAAGUAUUGAGCAAGAGAGAUGACAUGGGAGCAAAUGUGACCCAAACUUGGCAUGGCAGUUGUUCGCCUCGGAGGGAGAAACCGUUUGCGGUGCCCGCUUGUCUAGUAACCUGGAAGGAGACCUUCUUCUCCAAAGACAUAGAUGCUAUCCUUUCAAAGCUGCAUGGGAGAGAAACACAGAUGUUCUGGAGAUUUGCCCUCUUUGGAGAACGGGCUUUCUGUCAAGAGCUGGGCAGGCCUAGCUCUGCUGUGUGGGUGGUAUCGACCAGAUAUAUACCCAGCUACCAUAAGCGAUUUGCAGAAAGGAGCAUAGAUAUAAUGUGAUGGAAACUUAAGCAUACUGUUUCAUAAAUGGUAGUCCACUGUGGCUCUACUGUGUGCAUUUAUGGUAAUGGAAAGUACCCCGGUUCUCCAUUUAAGAGAUUGGUAUGGUUUAAAUGUUGUGCAGUACGCUAGUUAUUGUUUCUUGGGUGUGUUUUCAUGUUUGCUAUUUCUAGAUCCAGGAAUAUUUGUCCAGCUGCAAGGCUUUCCAGGCUAACAUUAAGUGAGCAAAUAGCUGUGAUGCAGAUAAUGGAUUUAAACGCCUUAUUUAUUCUCGUGACUUUUUAAUCACAGUUUCUCCAGCUUUAGAUGCCAAAUCUCAGGGGAUUGGUACAUCAACUUCGAUGCCUGUCUUUCAUAGAAAUUAAAUCGGGGGGGUUUUGCUCAUCUUGCAGACAAAGUUGAUGAGUCUGAAACAUUCGGAAUUACAAGUUGCAAAUGGUAGCUCUUUAUCUUUUCAAGGUGAAACGGGGUUCCUUUCUGUCUUCAGAGUUGGCUUAGAGAAAGCAAGGUUUAGACUUCUGAAACCAGGGCAAACUGCUGGGUAAUCUGACGGCCUUUCUCAAGCUAGGUGGCUGAUAAAAUCCAUAGUAUUUCUGUGAGUAGAAUCGUUUUUGGAAAAUGUAGUCCAUUGCAGUGCUCAGAAUUUUCGUGUGAUAGGAAGCUCUGAUACCAAGUAGAUUGUCCUGUGUAGUCAUGUCCUAAGAAUUCUGAACCUGAUGAACUUACGGCACUGUCCUAAGAAUUAUACCCUCCUAAGUCCAUUGAAGUCCGUGGGCUCAGAGAGCUGUAACCCUAAUUAGGAUGGCGCUGAUAACCUCUUCCCCACCCUGUCUCUUUUAUUAUGUCUGGAAUGGUGAGUUUUUCCAGAAAGCAGAGAAUGCAUAACGGAGCUGAGCUGGAUUGGCAGGGGAGCUUCCAGUUUUGAGAGCUGGAUAAUGUUUUUAAUUUUUUAAGAGUCCUCCUUUGGGAGCAGGGUACUGUGAUUGCACCUAGUAGGCAGGAAAGCUGGCGCGACGUGAAGGCUGUGGCUGCUUUCACAUGCGUUGAAUAAAACACUGUCAGUGCACCGUAGCGAUCAUUUCCUAGCACAUUUUCCUUUUUCACGCAGAACAAUCAACUUGCAGACGAUCGAUAAAGUGCGUUGAAAGAGCAUUAUCCAACGUGUGUGAAAGCAGCCUGUGUGUGGACAAAUUGUUUUGUGUGACCACAGAAAGGGGCAUGUGCUUUCUUGUGCUGGCGAAUGCAUCCGUCUGACAAGCUUUAAUUUGCCAGUGCUGCAACAAGAAAACCGAUUGUAAUUAAGACUCUUUGCCCACAGCAACUUUGGAAUUGAAACCAAUAUUGAUUAAUGUACUCGUACUCAGAGUAAUAAUUGACUGCUUUCAAGAAACAGUACUUUUCUGUUAGUUAUCCUAGCUCUGAAAAAAAAUGUCUUUUUGAACAAUAUCAGUGUUUUUAUAAUAAUAAAAUAAAUGACUUUGAGACUGGGAAUUGUAUCAAUAAAGUACUGUGCAAGUGAGGUUCACUUGUACCAAAAUUGGUUAUACUCACUAACUUAUAACAAGGAUGUUCUUGUUAAUAGAAUUAUUUCGUUGUAUUGUUUGAAACACAAUAUAAAUGUGUGCGCAGAAGAGCCCUCUGAACAAUCGUGUAAGUUAAUAUGGGAGGCUUUCCUCCUAAAUCUGGUUUAUAAUUUAUUCACUCUGAUAAAUCGUUGAUUUAUUUUAAAAGGGAAUUAUCCAAGCUCCACUUUCCUUCUCUUAUGGGAGGGAGCACAGCGGAAUAAGGCUUGUUUACCCAAUCACAUAUACCUGAUGUGAUAUCAUACUUUUGCUAUCUUGAGUCACACCUGCAAUAAAAUUCUGAGCUUUCUUUAUUUAUGCCUGUCGCCUGCAAAGUAUUUUCAUAAAACUCCUUUUCCGAGCAUGAAGACAUACAGCUCAGUCAUAGCCACUUACCCAGUCACUUCUCCAUUUUUAGUAAUUUUGACUAAUGAAAGAACAUAGGAAAUACUCUGUAUAUGCACAUAUAUCGGUGGUCCAAUUUUUGGUGUCUGAGAAUAACAGGCCAUAGGGUGAGUUUUCCAGAAAAAUUAGAAGUGGGAAAAUUUUCCAGAACGUUCCCCCAAGCUCAAUAAAGUAUGAUCUGAUUUAGCAUGUUUAUCUUGACUUACAUCAUGCUUCAAUAGCAGUAAAUACUUGGACAAAAUAUCUGAGGGUGUUGUUUAAAGUUUGUAUUCAAUGUGUCAUGUGGAAAUUAUAUUUCUGGUAAUAAUAUUUACAAAAAAUUAGAGGGGCAAUAUAGUCGUUAUUUCCCUUACAUGGAUUAAAUGUAAAAAAAACUAGGGCACUGAAAGUUAUUGAUAUCCUAAUUUUAGCAAUUGUGUAUGAGAUGUGGUGGAGUUUAACCUUUUUCCAUGGAGGUGUCUGGGGUACCUCAGUUGUUAAAUCCAUAUCAAGUUGGGGAUGAUAAUCUCCCUUCUACCGUGUGUAUAUAUAAAUUAUAUGCGUUUACUUAUGUUUCCUCUCAAACAUAAGUAAACGCAUAUAAUUUAUAUAUACACAUACACAUUUUAGCUUUGGUUGUGUGGAUCAAAUAACACCAAUUAGGAGAUUUCAUAACUUGAUUUUUAACAUAAUAUGUAUUUGUGGAUUUAUCCUUCUUAAUAUUCAAUAAAACAUCCAUAUAUUUUCUUACAAGAAUUCCAAAGGAUUGUCGCCAGAGAAACCAUUAAUUAUAACUGAGAACUUGCCUUAUACUAUAUUGGCAACUGCAUCCAUUCAUUGUUCUUAAUUGUCUGAAAAUGGAAAAUUUUCCAAGGGAAAAAUAAAACACUGGUUUUCAGAAAA